CUCAUUACAUAUUCAAGCUCAUUACAUUCCUGAUCAAUAGUUGCUUUUAAAAUAAUCAUUCCAUCAUUUUAUUUUUUUUUAAUGCAGUAUGCUUCAAUGGCUUUCUUCUACAAAGGUGCAGAACCAAAGAACAACUAAGCAGUCUUUCUGUGAGAGUGGUUUAGGAAAAGAGCAUUUGCUGGUUGCUGGAUGGCAUUCAUACCCCCUUCCUAUCCCAUCAGUAUGUCUAGUUGCUGCUCUCCCAGUUGCUCACCUUGGGUAAAGGACAGCAUUUCUAUAGAGGGAUACUGGAUACAAGAUCCUCAUCGCUUUUGCAGUUCAGGAUGGCAUAGCUUGCAUGAGUAUUGUGUCAAGUGCCUCAUGACUAUUUUAGGUUUAUUAAGCUCAUUUCAGUGACAUAAGCUAGCAGUGAUGUGGGUGAACCUACCUUUCGAAGUGUUUUGCUCCCUGGUCUCACAUUUGUUUGAGUGGGGAACAUGAGAUCAGGUUCUGUAAGAAAGAAAAAAUACCCAACACUUUGGUCUUGGUAGAAUACUGUACUUGUAUCACUUCAUUUUGACUUCGGUAUGACUGUAAAGAUUUAAAAUAUAGUAUGAUUGCUUAAGCAAUGUGGUUCCGACUGCAUUUUGUUUCUGGUUACAGUUCUCUAAGAGAAAGUUAACUUACGCUAGGCAAAUGCUCAGCCAGUGAUAAACAUACAACCAAUUGAUUUUUCCUGGCUUAGCUAGUAGUGAAGAUGUUUUGAUUGCUGAUUUAGAACCAGGAGAAGCAUUAUAAUUCCACAUUUUACUAUUAUUGCUAGCACUCUUAAUGGGGCCAACUACCUAUAAUGUUCUUGCAUGGCUGAAAUGGCUAAAGUGGCCCUGUUGCUGGGAACUACAUGUAUGGCAGUUACUGUUGCUGACAACUGUGUUCACUGAGGUCAGUGGAAAGACUCCCAUGACUUCAUUGAGUUUUGAAAUUGAGAAACCGAAUCUAAGUUUGGAUGCUUAUGAGACAUCAUACUGGAUUGUCAUUGAAUCAUUCAGCCAAAUAUGUAGGUAUUUUUAUGUUUCUUAUGUAGCUGUACUUGAUUUUAUGAAGACUUAAUGCUAACUGCAAAACAAUACUUUCCAGGCAGAAAAGCUGCAGAGUCAGAUCCAUAGUUCUUCAAAACCAGUGAUGUUUUUCUGCUGUGAUGUGAGGUAGUUUUUACAAAAUAAGAAUACAAAAUAAUGUAGAUGAUCCUUACAUUGCCAUAUUUAUGGGCCAUUUAUGGGCCAGUAUAUCUCUUGUCACCUUUUUAUACUGUAUUUGCUUUUAGAAUAAAAGCACAAGUGUUCUCAAGGCAACUCUGAAAACAGGUGGACAUUAAUUAGAAUCGUUUAGGCUGAAAACAACAGGAUCACAUAUCAAAAGGAUCACAUAUCAACAUCUGAAACUUGCAGCAUGCCUGCAGAAAUGCUGUAGUGGGGGCCCUGAUAAGUUAUGCCUGGAGCAAUUAAAAACUGUCAUGCUCAUUUUCAGCAUACAUCACUAUGUAAACGAAUACCAUCUUAUAAAAUAUGCUUGUGUUUUUGUAACCAAAAGAUUGUGAAAUGCCAGUUUUGGACCCAGACUUCACAUUGUGACAGUGCUUGGAUCCAUUUGUUGUGACAUGUUCAUCGCUAUUUUUAACUUUGGUAAUAAGAAUUUAAUCUUAUUUGUUACAAGCUCCAUCAUACUGAAGACAUUCAAAAAGCUUUAUAGUACAUAAUGAAUAAUGCUGGUCAGUAGCUUACAAAGCCUAUAUUUUUUUCCCCUCCAGAAUGCUACCAGAUAUGUGUAAAGCCCAUACCCUAUCUGCUUCCCACAUACAAUUCAAAAGCAGGAUACAAAGUACUGAAAACAAAUGAGGGGGGAGGUGGGAGAAGUCACACCAUAUUUGCUCCUGUUGUGCAAGCAUUUUACUUCAAAGCAGUUCCAUUACUUUCUUAUUUGUGGAAAGGAUGGCGUGAGCUGAGAUGCCCAGACAGUUUCCAAAGUUGAACAUCUCUGAGGUUGAUGAGCAAGUACGACUUCUAGCAGAGAAAGUAUUUGCUAAAGUUCUCCGAGAAGAAGACAGCAAAGAUGCAUUGUCACUAUUCACUGUGCCUGAAGACUGCCCUAUUGGGCAGAAAGAGGCCAAGGAGAGGGAGCUGCAGAAGGAACUGGCAGAACAACAGUCUGCAGAAACAGCUAAAAGGAAGAAAAGCUUCAAGAUGAUUCGAUCCCAGUCUUUGUCAUUACAAAUCCCAUCUCAGGAAUGGAAAGCGCCAUCGACCAAUCCUGUUCUGUCUCCUGCAACACCAGUUGUUCCAAGUGCUUUUCUGCCAAUUCAAGUGCCAUACAAUGUACCAGAGUUUCAGAGAGUUUCAAUUAGUGGGGACUACUGUGCAGGGGUUACAGUUGAUGAUUAUGAACAAGCUGCCAAGAGCCUGGUGAAAGCUCUUCUCAUUCGAGAAAAGUAUUCUCGUCUUGCCUACCAUCGCUUCCCAAGAACAACAUCUCAGUAUUUGUGUAGCAUGCAAGAUGAAAAAUGGAGGGUUGAAGAUGAAGUGUAUCCAGAUUUCCAUUCACCCCCAGAAGAAAAUGAAGAUCCUUACAAUCUUGAGGAUGCUCCAGACAAUUUGGAUUAUGUUAUCAAGAUAAAAGGUGGCAUUCCCUUUGUUUACGAUAACAAAGAAAUGAUGGAACUCAAUGAGCCUCGGAGUCUGCCAUAUCCUGACCUUGAGACAUAUACCCUUGACCUGAGCCACGUUCUUGCUCUUAUUGCAGAUGGUCCAACAAAAACGUAUUGUCAUCGGAGGCUUAACUUUUUAGAAUCUAAAUUUAGUUUACAUGAGAUGUUAAAUGAAAUGUCGGAAUUUAAAGAAUUAAAGAGUAAUCCCCAUCGAGACUUUUAUAAUGUGAGAAAGGUUGAUACUCAUAUCCAUGCUGCUGCUUGCAUGAACCAGAAACACUUAUUAAGGUUUAUUAAGCACACAUAUCAAACGGAGCCGGACAGGAUUGUUGCAGAGAAGAAAGGCAAGAAGAUGACUUUAAAGCAAGUCUUUGAAAGCCUUCACAUGGAUCCUUAUGACCUCACUGUAGACUCUUUAGAUGUCCAUGCAGGUCGUCAAACAUUUCAUCGAUUUGACAAAUUCAAUUCGAAGUACAAUCCAGUUGGUGCCAGUGAGCUGAGGGACUUGUAUUUGAAAACUGAGAACUACAUUGGUGGUGAAUAUUUUGCUCGUAUGGUCAAGGAAGUAGCCCGUGAACUAGAAGAAAGUAAGUACCAGUAUACAGAACCCCGCUUAUCCAUUUAUGGACGGUCUCCAGAUGAAUGGCUGAACUUGGCAAAAUGGUUCAUUAAGCAUAAAGUUUAUUCCCCUAAUAUGCGCUGGAUAAUUCAGGUUCCCAGAAUCUAUGACAUAUUCAGGUCAAAAAAUAUUCUGCCUAGUUUUGGGAAGAUGUUGGAGAACAUCUUCGUACCUUUGUUUGAAGCAACAAUCAACCCCAAAGACCACAAAGAAUUGCACCUUUUCCUCAAAUAUGUGACUGGCUUUGACAGUGUUGAUGAUGAGUCCAAACACAGUGGCCAUAUGUUCUCUGACAAAAGCCUUAAUCCUGACCUCUGGACCAGUGAGAAGAAUCCCCCAUAUAGCUAUUAUUUGUAUUAUAUGUAUGUGAACAUCAUGUUGCUAAACAACCUCAGAAGGGAAAGAGGCAUGUGUACUUUUCUGUUUCGACCGCACUGUGGAGAAGCUGGGUCUAUCACACACCUUGUAUCAGCCUUUCUGACAGCAGACAACAUUUCUCAUGGAUUGCUACUGAAGAAGAGUCCUGUCCUCCAGUAUCUUUAUUAUCUUGCACAAAUACCCAUUGCUAUGUCCCCACUUAGUAACAACAGCCUGUUCCUGGAGUACUCGAAAAAUCCACUACGGGAGUUUCUACAUAAGGGACUUCAUGUCUCUCUCUCCACGGAUGAUCCUAUGCAGUUUCAUUAUACAAAGGAAGCUCUCAUGGAAGAAUAUGCUAUUGCAGCCCAGGUGUGGAAACUAAGUACCUGUGACUUGUGUGAAAUAGCAAGAAACAGCGUACUGCAGAGUGGAUUGUCAGAUAAGGAAAAACAGAAAUUCUUAGGGGUGAAUUACUGUAAAGAAGGGCCUGAGGGAAAUGACAUUCGAAAGACAAAUGUUGCACAGAUCCGGAUGGCCUUCAGGUACGAGACACUGUGCAAUGAACUUAGUUUCCUGUCUGAUGCUAUGAGAACAGAAGAGAUUUCUACUCUGACAAAGUAAUUAUAAACUCAAAGAAACCAGAACAUCCCACUCCUAAGAAGGAAAAAUUGCUGACUAACAUUAAAUCAUCUGUCUUUGAUGCUACCAAGACAUAACUGAACAGUACAGAGAAAAAGAUUAUCUAUUUAUGGAAGGUAAACAGUGUUUGCCAUUAUUUUUAAUGCAUUAUUCUCAUUGCAAAACCUUCAGUUUUUAUCAGCAUUAGGCUUUGUAAGAUGGCUGUAAAUAAAAAAUGCAAGCUCAGACUCAUGUAAUAUUUGUCUCAUGCUGUCUUAACUGUACACUGUAUUGUAGCUUGGAAAACAACAGAGAAUAUUCAUAGCACAUCUGUGAUAUGCACCUUACGAUUCUGCAGAUGUGGACAAUACACAUCCAUCUGGUUUUGUCCUGCUAGUCUCAGCAGCAGUCAUGGCAUUUAGCACUUGUAAGUUUAACCCUUUAUCAUUAGCAGUUUGUAUGGGGUGCAUAAUUUUGAGGCUAGCCUUUCGUUCUGGAAGGUGUUCUGACACAGUUUUUAUCUUAAUGUUUCAGACUGGAAAACAAGAAAAACAGAAUCAGGUAGUCUUGUUUAAUGACUAACUACUUCCUGUUGUCAUGUAGGAUAUCUGUGAAGAACAGCAGAUUAAUGCUUUUUAAUCUAGUAAGUAGAAAACAGUGUCAAAUUCAUCACUAUUGUAUGUUGUAAUAAUGAGUCUAAUUAUAUCAUGAAAACUUUGCCUUGAAAGGUGAGAAUACUUUUUUUAUUGGUUUGUAAUGGGAAUAUGUGGAUAUGCCAGUUUAAAUUACUUAGAAAUUCACACAAAUAAUUUUGGUUGCAUGUAAAGAGAAAUUUUUUACUUGAACAAAGGAAGUGUUCUUAUGAAUCAGUGGUAGAAACUCCAGACUUGGGUUCUGGUCCUACUUCUGACAUCUUUUUUACACAUUUGCAUUAGUUUGUAUUUUAGUUAGUUAGAGUUGAAUGAGAAGUCAAACUGGCUAUUUGUACAGAAGCUAGCCCACUUGAAACAUGGCAUUUCAAAUUAUGUUAAACUUUAUAUUUAUGACAGAGUGGCUAGUAAAAUACAGCUACCGGAAUAUUUAUUUAUCACUUUCACCCUUUUUUCUAUUUGCUCAUCCUUCUUAAGAUACAGUACUACACAUUCAGAAAAGAUUAAAGGUUAUAACAUGAUAGCAUUUAUGUACUGUGGAAACUGCAUGUAGUUUCACACCCAAAAAAGAGUUGAGGCUAGGGGCAACACAGGAUGUUGAUGCCUUUAAGUCCAACAUUACACUUCUUGAGACCUAGAUUCCCUAAGCUACGAUAACAAGCCUAUGGUUGGAGCCUUUGGGAUCUCAUGUAAUACAGAGGGAGGUUAGGCAGCUUCAGACAGUAACUGAAAAUUCACCUACAAGAAGGGCAAAUAAUGAAUACUAACGAGUCAAGCCUCACUAGACUUUGAGCCCUGUAUGUUUUGCAUCAGACAAUGUGUGCCACUUCAUUCCUUAGGCUAUGCCCUUCCUCCAGGGUUUGGUCACCUACAUCCUUCCUUUCAAGAGCUGAUCAGGUCUCACUUCCCCUUGUAAAUGCAGCCAGAAGUAGCAGUGGUGACAUCACCAGUAGCAAAUGACUCAUUAAUGGCAUAAAUGUAUAUAGGCAUUGAAGACAUACACUCUCCCUUUAGGCUGUGGCACGUCAAAGCAGUACCUACAAGGACAUGUUUUAAAUGUACUUGCUGUCCUAAAAUGGUGAUUGCAGGGAAAUGGCACCAAAGUAAGGGAAGGAGGAGUUCCUUAUCACCUCCUAUAACUGUGCAGCCCCGUAAGAGCCCCACAGGAGACUAAACCUAAAGAGCUUUAGGAAGCAGCCUGGAAGUAAGCCUGCUCUGAGGGAGACCAAGGCACAGGAACAGAGUUCUGGCCAUCCAGUCACUAUUACAGUGUGUCAUGCAUAGGGGCUGCAGUGAUUGCAGACAUUGUUAAUCUAAAAUAUGGUUGCAUAUUGACAGGUGGUGGGAGACUUGACUUCAGCUCUUCAGCUACCUAGCCUAAUGUCUGCAGUGUUCAACUGCUGCCAGACUUUGUACUCCUAGUGCAGCUAAAAAACUGCUACAGCAAAACUGUGCUACGCUGCUCAACUGUACAAUAAUGCAAUGGUCCAAAGUUCUUAAGUCAGCAGUGCCUGUUGGCUUCACUGUUAAACUUCAGCAGUUCAUAUAAUCCAUUACCAGGAUUGAUGAAUGUAGUUUUCUUAGGACAAAGUCUGAAAACAGUGGUUCAAACAUUUUAGCUGCAUAAAAUUCAGAUACCUUGUUUUCUUUAGUACAACUUACUAAUCAAUUCUUAUCAACAUAACAUUAAUUACCUGAGAAAAGCAUCUGUGUCCAGGUGAAAUAAGUAACAUGCUUGGUUUGAAGAACCUAAAUUGUAAGUAUUUUCAUCUGACAAACAUUACUGUACUUGGAUUGUUUCACCUUAAUACUGCUACUAGUGUCGCUUUUGUUGUCACUUAGAUCUCUUAUUUAGUUUUAUUAUUAUUAUACUAAAUUUGUGUAUGUUUAAUAACUUUUCAUCUUUCCUUACCUCAAACUCAUCAGGUUCUAAUAUGUCUGUAGCUCUUACUAAAGAAAAAAACACAAACUGGAUUUGAAUAUACAGUUAAUGGACAGUAAUUAGGAUUUUGACAAUAAUAACAUGCAAAUGGCCACGAGCACAGUCUGCUUUCUGGGCUUCCAUGUGUGCUGCUGUUAAGUUGAGCUAAUAGUGUUGUAUUUAGGGGAACAAACCUGACAUCCUUUCAUGCUUCCAUAACUACACCUCUUUUGGUCAUCUUUUAAUUAGGCAAAAGUUACUGAUUCUCAAGUUUAGUUUAAAAUUCAGCUGCUUUUUUUUCCAAGUUGCACUUUUGUUCUAGUGUAUGGCUGUUCAAAAUAACCUUGCAGUCUGAGGAUAUGUGUAUAAUGAAGGGCAGGUCCAGUGUGAACUACAUUUACUCUAAUGCAAGACAGGGCAGUAGCUGAUUCUCCUUGCCCCCCCAGUGUUGAGACCAAACCUGGUUACAUCACAGCUUGUGUUUUACUCAGACAAAAAGGGACUUGGAAGAACAUCAUUGUAGGUGGUUACUGGGGUGGGUGUUGGCUUCAGAAUGGGAGACUGUCCUAUUUUCUCAUCAUUUCAUUGGUGUUAAGGUUCAAACAUUAUUCAAGAUUUCCUUAAAUAUUAGCUCAGAGCAUUUUAUACUUUCAUGUAAAAUGGUUAAUUAUGGUUAUUUGAUGUUUACAACAUAUCUAUCAGAACAGUUUCUAGUGAUGCUCUUCCAUUCUGUUAUAUUCCUUUAGCAAACUUCAGGCAUUUGCUCUGCUGCUGGGUUAUGCAAGUCCACCUCAGAGCCACCUUACCUUCUGCUGUCAUUUUGUUCUUUGUCACUAAACCUUUCUGUUCUAUUUGCCUAGUUAAAAUCUAAGUCUGAAAAAGGUGGGUGGGGGGAAGGAUGUCUGUAAAAACUGCUUUUUCUUUCUGUGCCUGGGUUAAAUCAUGUUUAUCUUUUGCCUCUUGUGGAAGCAUUAAACAUUAAAACAAUAAAUAAAUUAUAAAAUAA